AAUGAAUUUAGUUGUAUCCACUCUAUUAAUGAAUAAUUAUCCGAAAGGUUUUAUUAAAAGAAUAAUUAAGAAUGAAGAACGGAAUGAUAUUUUUAAAAAAAGAGUUAAGCAAGAUUGGAUGAAUACAGUAGUGAUCCCAUAUCGUAAAGGUAUCUCAGAAGACAUCAGAAGGAUUUUAAUUCGUCAAAAUAUAAGAGUAUUCUUUCGAACAAACAAUACUCUAAGAUCAAAACUAGUAAGAAUCAAAGAUCCAAUACACAAGGAUGAUCAACAAAAUUGUGUUUAUGAAAUCAAAUGUAAUGAUUGUAAUGCAACGUAUGUAGGUGAAACAUCAAGACAACUGAAUGUGAGGGUGAAAGAACACAAACUGUGCUUAAAGCAUAUUCCUAAAUCCUCAAUUGAUGUAAAAAAGCUUGAGAACAGAUCAGCGAUAGCAUUACAUUCAAUUGAAUCGGGUCAUACAGUUGAUUUCAAUGGCACGAGAAUCAUUCAAAAAGGAUUUAAUUCUUACAAAGAACGCCUAACAGCUGAAGCCUUACAUAUAUGGGCUAAUUUAAACAAUAUUAAUAGGAGAGAUGGAAUACAACUAGCUGCACCAUGGCAACUAAUAAUUAAUAAGUAAACCUGAUCUCCUUUUUGCCAUUUGAUAUAUUUAUGCCAUAGUAACUAAUUGAUAGAUAAUACGUUCAAUGAUUCAAAUCCGUUAUCUUAUCUGAAUAUGUUAAACAAUUGACUGGAACAUUUUUUAAAAUAACACACUUCAAUUACAUAUACAUUCCUCGUUUAUUUAUUUUGUUUACUUAUCUUCAUUUAAUGCAGGCUGUAGCAUUUUGAUUCAUUUCAUACAUAAAAAUGAUUUGUUUUCUUAAUAUACACAGACCGUAGUCAAUAUUAAGUUGAAUGAAAAUUUUUUCUCAUAUCACUUGCGUAUAAACACAUUCUGUUAUCUUAACACGUUUUGGUUCCAUAACACAUACAAAACAAUUUGUCAUAACCUUGAAUUUACCUUAUAAUCCUUAAGUCAUUCUAUGGCCUAGGAUAACAUGACAAUUUCUUAUUCUUUC